AUGAUUUUGGUUUCUUUUCUCUCUUCUGUGUCCAAGCCAUUGACGAUGGCCCUUAGUAAUUCGAGCUGGAGGCUACUCCAUCCUUCUUUUUUCCUGAUGGGCAUCCCCGGUUUGGAGGAAAGCCAGCACUGGAUAGCAUUGCCACUGUGUGUCCUUUAUCUUCUUGCUGUAAUGGGCAAUGUGAGCAUCAUCUUCAUCAUCUGGACUGACUCAUCCUUGCACCAGCCUAUGUACCUCUUUCUGGCCAUGCUCUCUGGCAUUGACCUGGUGCUGGCCUCCUCCACUGCGCCCAAAACCCUUGCGGUACUCCUGGUUCAUGCCCAUGAGAUUGGGUACACUGUCUGCCUGAUCCAGAUGUUCUUCAUCCAUGCGUUCUCUUCCAUGGAGUCAGGUGUACUUGUGGCUAUGGCUCUGGAUCGCUAUGUAGCCAUUUGUCAGCCUCUGCACCAUUCUACCAUCUUGCAUCCAGGGAUCAUAGGGCGCAUUGGGAUGGCAGUGCUGGUACGGGGAUUGGUCCUCCUCCUCCCCUUCCCUAUCCUGUUGCAGAGACUCGUCUUCUGCCGGGCCACCAUCAUAGGCCAUGCCUAUUGUGAACAUAUGGCUGUGGUAAAACUGGCCUGCUCAGAAACCACAGUAAACAGAGCUUACGGGUUGGCAGUGGCCCUGCUUGUGGUUGGGAUAGAUGUUGUCGCCAUUGGUAUUUCCUAUGGUCUCAUCCUUCAGACUGUGCUGAAGGUACCAGGGGGAGAGGCUCGUCUUAAGGCCUUUAGCACAUGUGGAUCUCAUAUUUGUGUCAUCCUGAUCUUCUAUAUUCCAGGGAUGUUCUCCUUUCUCACUCAUCGCUUUGGCCACCAUGUACCCCAUCAUGUUCAUGUUCUUCUGGCCACCCUCUACCUCCUUGUGCCACCUGCACUCAAUCCUCUUGUCUAUGGGGUGAAGACCCGGCAGAUCCGCCAGCGAGUGGUGAGGGUUUUCUCCCUAAAAGGACAGGGUACUGGC